UCCGGGCAGGGGGCAGGAGCGGCCCCUCACCGGGGCUGCCGGCAGCCCCCCGCCCUCCAACCCGCCCCCCGCCCCGGGGCGGGCGUCGGGGCGGCGGCAGCACGUGGCGGCGGCGGGGCAUGGCCGCCGCGGGGGCUCCCGCGGCCUGAGCCGCCCCCGCCGCCGGCACCAUGGCGGCCGCCGCCGAUGCCGGCCUCGACGUGGCGGCGGUGGAAAGUUUCCUAGAGAGGCACCCGGAGCUGGUGGAGAAGUGGCUGAAGAGGAAGAACUCGCUCCCCACAGCGCCUGCCGCCUCCGCCGCCGGCCCGUCGGAGGAGCGGCGGAGCAGCGGCGGCCCCGGCGGCGGGUGGGGCAGCGCGGGCGGCCCCGGCGGCCCCGGCGGCGGGGGGCUACAGCGGCGAGCCUCCCAAAAGGAGCUGCGGAAGAGCUUCGCCCGUUCCAAGGCCAUCCACGUCAACCUCACUUACGACGAGCAUGUGCACGCCCGGGCGCAGGAGCCGCUGAGCAGCGUGCGGAGGCGGGCCCUGCUGCGGAAGGCCAGCUCCUUGCCCCCCACCACCGCCCACAUCCUCAGCGCCCUGCUCGAGUCCCGCGUCAGCCUGCCCCAGUACCCCCCCACCGCCCUGGACUACAAGCGCUACCUCAAGGAGAACAACGAGCGCCAGUUCUUCCUGGAGCUGGUCAAGGACAUCUCCAACGACCUGGACCUCACCAGCCUCAGCUACAAGAUCCUCAUCUUCGUCUGCCUCAUGGUGGACGCCGACCGAGGCUCUCUCUUCCUCGUGGAGGGGGCCGCCGCCGGCAAGAAGAGCCUGGUCUCUAAGUUCUUCGACGUGCACGCCGGCACCCCGCUGCUGCCCUGCGGCUCCACCGAGAACAGCAACGAGGUGCAGGUGCCCUGGGGCAAGGGCAUCAUCGGCUACGUGGCGGAGCACGGCGAGACGGUCAACAUCCCCGAUGCUUACCAGGAUCGCCGCUUUAAUGAUGAGAUUGACAAACUGACCGGAUACAAGACAAAGUCACUCUUGUGCAUGCCCAUAAGAAACAGUGAUGGAGAGGUUAUUGGUGUUGCCCAAGCUAUAAAUAAGACUCCUGGAGGUGCCCCUUUUUCUGAUGAUGAUGAAAAAGUGAUGCAGAUGUACCUCCCAUUCUGUGGGAUUGCUAUAUCCAAUGCCCAGCUAUUUGCAGCUUCAAGGAAGGAAUAUGACAGAAGCAGGGCUUUACUGGAAGUAGUGAAUGACCUUUUUGAAGAACAGACUGACUUAGAGAAAAUUGUCAAGAAAAUUAUGCAUCGGGCCCAGACUCUGCUGAAGUGUGAACGGUGCUCAGUAUUACUUCUGGAAGAUAUCGAAUCACCGGUGGUGAAAUUUACAAAAUCCUUUGAGCUGUUAUCUCCGAAAUGCAGUGCUGAUACUGACAACAGUUUCAAAGACAGCAUGGAGAAAUCAUCAUCUUACUCUGACUGGUUAAUAAAUAACAGCAUUGCUGAACUCGUAGCUUCCACAGGUCUCCCAGUGAACAUUAGUGAUGCCUAUCAGGAUCCUCGCUUUGAUGCUGAAGCUGACCAGAUUUCUGGCUUUCACAUAAGGUCUGUUCUGUGUGUUCCUAUAUGGAAUAGCAACCACCAAAUAAUUGGGGUAGCUCAAGUGUUGAACAGACUUGAUGGGAAACCCUUUGACGAUGCCGACCAGCGACUGUUUGAAGCUUUUGUUAUUUUUUGUGGCCUGGGUAUCAACAACACAAUUAUGUAUGAUCAAGUGAAGAAAUCAUGGGCAAAACAGUCUGUGGCUCUUGAUGUAUUAUCUUAUCAUGCAACAUGUUCGAAGGCAGAAGUUGAUAAAUUUAAGGCAGCAAACAUCCCUCUGGUGUCAGAGCUUGGCAUUGAUGAUAUCCAUUUUGAUGACUUCUCGCUUGAUGUGGAUGCCAUGAUUACUGCAGCCCUGCGGAUGUUCAUGGAACUUGGAAUGGUUCAGAAAUUUAAAAUUGACUAUGAGACACUGUGUAGGUGGCUUUUGACAGUUAGGAAGAAUUAUCGAAUGGUUUUGUAUCACAACUGGAGGCAUGCUUUCAACGUCUGCCAGCUAAUGUUUGCCAUGUUAACUACUGCAGGAUUUCAGGAGAUUCUAACUGAAAUUGAAAUUUUAGCUUUGAUUGUGGGAUGCUUAUGUCAUGACCUUGACCACAGGGGAACCAACAAUGCCUUCCAAGCCAAGAGUGGAUCAGCCUUAGCUCAGCUCUACGGCACCUCUGCUACCUUGGAGCACCACCAUUUCAAUCAUGCUGUCAUGAUUCUCCAAAGUGAGGGUCACAACAUCUUUGCUAACUUGUCCUCUAAGGACUACAGUGACCUUAUGCAGCUUCUAAAGCAAUCGAUAUUGGCAACAGACCUCACCCUGUAUUUUGAGAGAAGGACCGAGUUUUUUGAACUUGUCAGAAAAGGUGGUUAUGAUUGGAGUAUAAAAAACCACCGAGAAAUAUUUCGAUCAAUGCUAAUGACAGCCUGUGACCUUGGAGCUGUGACCAAACCGUGGGAGAUUUCAAGACAGGCAGCUGAGCUGGUAACCAGUGAGUUCUUUGAACAAGGAGACAGAGAAAGAUUUGAACUCAAACUCACCCCUUCAGCCAUUUUUGAUCGGAACAGGAAAGAUGAACUACCCAGGUUGCAGCUCGAGUGGAUUGAUAGCAUCUGCAUGCCAUUGUAUGAGUGUCUAGUGAAGUUGAAUGCAAAACUGAAGCCUAUGCUGGACUCCAUUGCAGUAAAUAGAGGUAAAUGGGAGGAGCUGCACCAAAGAAGACUUCCUUCUCAGGCAGCAUCCUCAUCCUCCUUUUCCUCUAGCUUUACCAUGUCUCUCAAAGACAUAAAUUAAGCCUGCAAAUGUCAGUGUCACUUUACAGUAAGAGCUGUCUGAAAGGUUUUCAUAAACUUAGGCUCACCAUUUUUUCAAGAAAUGCUUUCACAGAUAUGCUUGAUUGAGUGGAUAUUAUCUUGAUGGCAGCAUAGUUUGCUUUUACUGGGAGGCUUAGGGGGACUGAAAGGAAGGCCUGCGGUGAGAUUGCGCUGGUAUCUGGAGUGACACAGAAGACUUAGCACAAGAAGCAUUCAUUCAGCUCCACUACAUUUCAACUGCUGCUGUAAAAAUCUGUAAAGCUGACAACAGACUGAAAUAUAAGAACUUACAGCUUAAUAAAAUUAAUAAUACAGAGCAGAACUGGGAUGCAAGCUGGUCAAUUCAUAUGCAAGGAGCUGCAGGAAAACAGAAUAGUAUGUAAUUACAUUGUUGUUUUGCAUCUCUUCGGUACAUGUUAUGAAUCAAUUAUGCCUGCUUUUGUGAUGUUCCUCUCUCACUCUUCCCUCCUCUUUUAUGCCUGAAUGUUCUGAAAAGCCUGCUUUGUAUUCUAAAGAAGUAUUUUUUUACAACAAAGCUUCUUAGUGAUUGAUCAGGGCCUUUAGAAUUGCCUACCUUUGCUACAUUUAAAAACAAACUUUAUUAUCUUUAAAAACACCAACCUGUCCCUGCUUCCCUGAGAAAUUCAUAUUAACAAUGCAGUAAAUUUCUCAGCAAGGGGAAGUUUGCAUAACGGCAAAAUAUUGCAUGGUAAUUUUAGAGGUUUGGGGGUUUUUUUCUUUUAAAAAAUGCUCUUUUAACACAUUCAUUUUUUUUAAAUUACAGUGUCCCCUAAGGAAAAGUUUAAUGGGCUUUAAUGAAAACAGAAUACAAAUAAAAAAGGAAAUCUCUUGCCUUGUGCUUCAGGUUUAUAUUACAUUGAAAAGUAGACCAUGGAUAAGACUUUCCAGGGUAAUUUCCAGUUGAAAUCAAUAUUUUGAAAUGGUGAGGAGGAAGAAUAUCAUCAUACUGGACUGACUACCUCUUACUUCUUUUGCAGUUCUUUCAGUACAAUUUGAGAUGCUACUAUUACAGCUAGUACAGCACUAGUCAAGGCUCACAUGUAGAUGUCUGUGGUAAAGGUGUUCAUAAAAAUCUAAUCAAACAUGAUAGGUUACAAAACCAAACCUGUCUAGUUCUGUGUGAUGACGCUAGUGUUACCUGAUAGUUGGUCCCCUUCCACUAGUGCAAAGAUCACUAGUGUAGCAAAACUGUGAUCUAUGAUUUGAGGGUGCUUUCUCUGCUGUGUGACCGAGCACAAGAGGAGUCAUGUUGCAGUGCUUACGAGUUCCCAUUCAUAGGGAAAAAAAGCCUUUGUACUCCAUGAAAAAUGGGAUUCUAAAUAUAGGGUUGUCUGGCAGCAGAAAUUAAAGCUGAAUUCAGCUUAGUUUUACACCUGUGCCAAACUCCAUUUACUUCAGUGGAAUUACCUUGAACUGGCACCAACUUAAUGGAAAUCAGAACCUGGCCCAGCUGACCAGAUGCUAAAAACAGCUUUCCUCCUUUCUGAGGAAAGUGAGUUGUUAGCGCCUUUGAAAAGCUGACUACAUCUGUCUGACAAUCAAACAGAAACAACAAAUCUGCUGAUCGCUUCUUUAAAAAAUAAAUGCAACAAAACAAAAACCCUCUGUGCUACUAAUCGUGUAUAGGUGAAUAGCUGGAAAUUUCAGUACCACUGCAAGCCAAUCUGUUAGUACGCAACUGAACCACAUCACCUUCUCUAGCAGGAAGAAGCAGGGAAGGAGCAGAAACGCAGACUGCACAGCAGUGAAUACAUGCACCAAAUUGAAAUGUUUCUGCCAUUAUUUUACCACUUCUUUCUUCCCUGAAUAAAGACAGAUGCAGGAUAGUAAGCAGCAAGCCAUACAAAACUUACAAUAUGUACUUUAUGGGAGAAACAGAUACUAGGAACUGACAUAGUACUGCUGGCAGAUACACAUAGCUUUCCUGAAUUUUGAUAUAGCAUAUUGCUAAGUAUAACAUAAUUUAUAGCGCAUACCCUACAGCUUCCCCCAAGGUUGAGUCUCCCCUCAUUUCCUCUCCUUUUUAUUGGCUUCAGUGCGCUGUUGCCCAUGGCAACACCCACUGGCAGGGAUGGGGAUUCAGCACCACUGCAACCUGACAUACAGCUGAAGCUCUAACAAUGUCAACCAUCAAUCAAAUGACUGUUUGUAAUUGCCUCCAUCUAUUUCUCCUGUCUUUCGGUAUCUUUGCUAUUGUGGGUCAAAAUUCAGAAACUGCUGACUAAUGUUAUGGUUCUGUUCCUCCAUCACAAGGAAUAAAAUGAGAGAGCACGGCUAGAUCGUUAUCAAAUUGUUCCCAGGCAAAACGAAGUAACCCUACUGAAACCAGGGGGGCACAGUAGUGCAUCUCACAACAGCAUUCGGUCUCUGAAAGUGAUAUAGCUCAAUCUUAAAAAAAAAAAAAAAAAAAAAAGGAAGAAAAACCUUAAGACUUUUUUUUUAACACUUAGCUUAGGAAUCAGCAAAAGACUUGCAUUUUUGAGAAGAAAAAGAAGAUUCUUUGUGGAAGCACGCAGUAUAGUAAGGAAAUGUAUUCCAAGUUUCUCAUAUUUUAAGAUGGUGGAAAACACUUUUUAGAUAGUGCUUACAAGCUUGAUAGACAGAAAUUGUAUGCACUUUUCAUUAUUUCUGAUAAGGAAUCAUUUUCCUAGUACUUCAGUCAGUUUUGCCAAACUCCUCUGAGAUGAGCACAGGAGAGAUGACUGCGUAGGUUAUAUAAUUGGCAUUCUCCAUCUUUUACUUGUUUCCCUGUCCACUGCACAAGGACAGAUCAAAACCCAUUGAAAUCAGCUUAGUUCUGCGAGUGCAUAUAAAACACAGGUCCACAAGAGGCAAGGACAAAUUAGAGGGCAUGUGGAGAGGAGGACGGAGCAGUCACUGUUACCCAGAACAGCGCUAGUAAAGCGCUGCUUAGCCUUUCCCUGGAGAUGCUCAACAUAUCAGGUCUGCCUCAGCAACAGACAAGUCAUCGCUUAUUUGCCCCAGCUGUCAGUGGAAAUUUGGCCUUGAAUGAUGGCUCUAGCAUUUAUAAUUCUAGUGCUAAAAGGCAAUGAACACAUGGACCAUCCAUAGGAUCACAGGGGCUUCAUUCUCCAACAAAAGGGCUUCAAGCUGGUUCAAUAGCAAUGCCUUUUUUUCUGGGUGCCCUACUGACUAGUGUUAACCACAGCCUGAAUUCAGUCAGGUUUCUUGUCUCAUGAAUUACAGACCAUGAGGUUUCACAGGAACCAGCCACCAGCCCUCACUUCAUCAGCAGACCUGGCUCUUCAUACCCAUGCUCAAAAAUAUUUCAGGCCACCCAGUAAUUCCACUCAGGAUUCCCACCUGUGAGACUGCUUGCCAAAACCAACCUUUCCUCAUAAAAAAAAAAAAAAAAAAAAAAAAAAAAAAAGGAAAGCAUUACCCCUAGCAUUACAUGGGGUAACCCAAAAAGAGCCUGACAUUCAAAUCCUACUUGAUUUGGAGUAGGCUUUCAAACUGCAGGUGCACCUUCCCCACCAGCCUGUGGGGAGUCACAAGGGUGGGCUCAUCUCCUGCCCUCCUGUCAAAUUCCCUUACAUGGGCUCAGCCAGGAGUCAGAAUGCCCACUGGGUACAGCCCCAAUUUCUGCUUCCCUCCUGGGAGAUGCACAGAGCAGAUGGGCUUUGGUGGAAGAGAUCAGGAGGGGCUCCUAGGUAUGUCCUCCUGGAUUAAAGCAAAGCAUCACCGUGCAACACAACACUGUGACCCCACCAGGAAAUCACUGUUCAAGGCAAAGAGCACCUGAGGUAGAGGCUGUCCUGUCGUUCAGACUGAAGGGCUUCCCACCUCCCGAGAACGAGACGUCCAAGAGGUGUCUUUGGCCACAGUUUGAGUAGUAAAAUCAGACAAUGUCCCCUAAAAGCGCCCCAUCAUUGUGCCUUUCUCCCAGCCCGCAACCCACAGGUAAAACAAAACAGCUUCCUAACGUGAUCAAGAUGUAGAUAUCUGCUUCGGUCAGGACACGGUUUUGCUCCUGCUCCUAAGCACAAUCACACCUACAAGGUUAAGCAGCAGUAGCUCACAGAAGUUUAAACGGGAUGUGUUAUGUGGCAACUGGACACUAAACUCCCCAACGCAGCUCUGUCACAGCCAGCCCCCACUAUCUUCAGGGCCAGGGAUCUUGCAGAGAAGGUCGUUAGUAUGUUUUCUGCCCUGCAGAAAAUAACUGUAGAGUAGGUAAGUGUGUUUCAUUUUAGCUCAGGUAUUCCUUCAGAUGGUGUUCUUGGUACAGCUGCUACAUUUUUCUGGAUUGGUGACCUUGCUAACUGCUCCUUCUUAUAGUGCACUGCAAGCUCAUAACGUGCCUGUAGUUAUCAACAAAGCCAAUACUAGUACUCACAAACUAUUUUUGAAAACUGCAACCAGCAGUGCCUAAUGUAAUUUGUAAUAUUUAGAUGAAUUAAUCCUAUUAGAAAAGUAGGAGUGUUUCAGUCUGCAGGCCAAGUACUUAUUUUCCCUUCAUAAAAUUGAAAUAAUUUUAGUUAUUGGUACAUUGUUUAUGCAUUGAGUGACAUUUUAGAACAGGUUUAUUUCAAGGUUAUGUAAAACAUAUUAACAGACACUUUCAAUGCUUAAGAGUGUUCUAAGCAAGAAAAUGUAGAGCAAGAUAUUUUCUUUAAUGAGCUUUAUCAAAGAAACAGAUUUUUAAGAGUAAAAUAAUGUGAAUGGUUUCUAACAGAACAAUGAAAUGGGAAGUAUAAAUCAGCUGAGAGACCGCAGAGAUUUCCAUACUUGAAUGUACCAAUAUUGGAACACACCCUGUAUAUUGCUUGUUACCUUUUCUUUCUUGAAUUAUUUUGUAUUUAAUUACCAAUUUAUAAGCAUGUUGGGCACCACAUUUUAGAGUUGCGUGGGGAAUACCAUUAUAAGCUCUGAACUUCUGCCUGUGGGAAACAACUGACACAUGCACAGAAAUGCAAGUGAAUCCUACGUACUUUCCAAAUGUGUAACUUAAGCCUUCUGCAUCCUUUUCCUUUUUGCAUUUUAAGACCAUUACCCUGUUUUGCUUAGUAGAUCGAACAAUGCUGAUUCAGCUUUUUAAAGCAUGUUUUUGAA